AUGACACAAUUACGUCGAAAGAAACAUUCAUUACAUAAAGAAAGGAAACUUCAUCAUUGCUGCAAGGUAACAUGUCACCGUUCAUUACCAUUGAAUCAUCCAGCAAUGUAUACAAAUGGUCUAUGUGAACGACAUUUUUUCUUAAUUGAUCUUCCAACGAAUGAUAAUGAUAAUGUUAAUGUUGAUAAUUAUUUAACUAAUGAAUCGAACGAAAAACAAAUUGAACAAACAGAGAAACUCGAUGUACCAUUAUGUGGUGAUGUACGGUUAACACGCGAAGUUUAUGAUGGUCGUCAAUGGACCAUUUUUCAAGAGACGAUCGAUCAUCAGAUGUCAUCUAAUGUGAAUACUGAUCAAUCGAAAAUGAUGACGGGAAAAGAUAAUCAGAAGACUUUAUCGGACAUCUUAGAUUUAUUAUCGAGUUAUAAAACUCUUAUCGAUGAUUUAAAACAACGAAUUCAAUUAUGA